AACCCGCCUUCUCCUGCACCUCAUUCUAAACUCCCGGUAAAUAGAGCUUCUGCACUAAGACCUCCAACUUCUAGAAUUCAGCCUCCAGCGUCAGCAAGGAGUUCUAGACACAGAUCGGUAACUUUUUUUUUUAGCGUGAACAAUAAUGUCGUGUCGAGGCCAUCCUCACGUAGUAGCUCAGUAGCUAGUUCGGGUACUUAUACAUCUAUACCAUCUCUGACAUUAACGCCUUCGGCAUCAGCGGUUAGACAGUCAAGCAGUAGCCUGACAAGUUCUCCAAAUAUGCUUAAAAUCAAACUUUUUGCCGGAAGUAAGGAUAAGGUGAAGCCUCAGUUUAGUAUUGUCAAGAUGGGGGAAUACCGCCAAUCUGAAAAAAAGUCGAAUGUCUCUACAGUGCUGCCAGCUAAAAGUGUUAGGACGAAUGAUCCGGCUGCCAACUUGUCUAAACUGGCGAAACCAAAAGCAAGUGGAUUGAAGGCUCCAAAGAAGCUUUUGGGAUUUUCAAAUGGAAAUUUGUCGACACGGCGUAUAACAUGUUCCACAGUGCAACAUACUGAUCCGCUGACGUCAGUUAAGCAUAAGUCAGUGAAACUGCAGUUUUCAAAUGAGGGUACUAGGAAUGAAGUGCUACUUGACGACUUUAGUGAUAAAAGGCUCUCGAAAAACUACAGCGAAAAUUCUUCAUUCGAACCACUUGGGAGUUCUUCACAUACUUCAUCUGCAGAAUCUUCAUCGGUGAGUAUGAAUUCUGCAUCAUCGAAGACUUCAUCGCUGAACUGCAGCGAAAUGAAAGCAAGUAUUCCGAAUACUAAAUCUCUGGAUCCAAAGAUUCUACCAACCGGGACACCUCCUACUAGCCCCUCGGAAUCGAAGCCGAUUCUUGCUGUUAAAGGCAUUUCGGCUUCAAAAAUGGCAUUAGAAGGUACUUUGGAUAAAUCGAAAAAACUGUUUGUAACAGAAGAGUUGAGUCAGCAGCAAUUAAGCAAAUCUCAAGAUUGUGCAGAUGCAGAUACAAAACUAAAGUCUUCGGAAGAAACACAAUCUGAUAGUGGACAGUUACCGUCAACAUCACUUGUAAUGCUACCGUUGGUAAAAAUGCCCAAUGUAGCACAAAGCCCUGCAAUUGGUGUUGUCAGCCCUAUGUUAAGUCAUCGAAGUCCUCGUGUUGUUAGCCCGCAUACAAAUGGAACUGGUAAUCAGAGCGAUGCAUCAACAACUUCAGGAAGUAGAGAUUCAGAUAGUGUAAGCGUUAUUUAUAAACCAAGUGGGGAUGCUAAACAAAUAACAGGUUGUGGAAAAAAGGAAAUUGAACAUCCGAAACCACCGUAA